AUGAAACCGGCAGAGGGACUGCUCACUACGGCAAGCGGGCGUUUGGUCGUGCGGCCGACGGCAGGAGGAGGCGGCGGUAGCGGAGUGUGUGGGCGGGAGGCCGACCGCGGCAACGAGUCGAGUCGCGCUGGAGGAGGUGACAAGGGCGCUGCGCCGUCCAUCCCGAUGAUGCGGCUGCACGCCGCUUGGCCUCUCACUUUCAUCUGGGUGGACCCCGAGAGAGACCUCAAGAGGUUUCCUCCGAGGGAGAUAGUAGUCGAAGAGAUUGUGGAUCUAGCUAGGGGGCACAAAACGCCGGCGUUCUGGCAGCAAGCUUCGCACCGCGGAAUCCACACGCUCCCGGAUCCGAAGCUAUGCUUCAGCCUGGUGGGGCACGACAGAAGUCUCGACCUCGCGGCCGAGAGUCUCCCGGAGGCAAGGGAGUGGGUGUGCGCGCUUGCGAGGGUGGCGCUGAUGGCCAAGCGAGGAGGGUUGGUGGAGGCUGCUGGCGAUGCUGUUGCUCCCCUUCUUCCUCAUCGCUUUUGGCCCGAGCCCGCUGCAAGCCCUGCCGGCCCUGAUCUCGAAGAAAACAUGUCUGGCGAAAGGCUCAUUGAUGUCGACCACGAGGUUGACUCCCGUGUAGGAGGGCAACGGCAAAGCGAUCGAGCCGCAACCGCGCUCAACACAGAGGUUUCCCGGCAUGAAGUCUCCCUUCGCUCGGAUGCGGACCUUUCUUCGGAGAUACCAAAGGUGUUCGGGGAGGGCGGAGCAUGGUCUGUAGAUACGAUCCACGCCUGGCGGCGACGCCUCUUUCCGGCUGUCAGGCGCGGAGACAUUGCGGCCGUGCUUGCCAUUUUCGACCAGGGCUGUCCGGUCGACAUUGCCCAGACAGGAACCGGAGACACCCCGAUGCUUCUUGCCUGCCGCCUGGGGGAUGUCGGGAUGGUGCGGGAAUGCCUCCGCCGUGGUUCUCGGAACGAUCCGCACCCGGCCUUCGGACAGACGGCGCUUCAGGCUGCGGUAGCCUCGGGGCAGGAGGCUUGCGCGCGGCUUAUCCUCGAGACGGCCGCUCCGAGCCGCUCCGACGCUGUGGUGUCCAACCACAAGGACCCCAACAAAGAGACACCGCUCCAUGUCGCGUGCCGCCGGGGGUAUGACGGUAUCGUGGAAGCUCUGCUUCAUCACGGGGCUGACUUGCGAGCUGUUGACAGAAAGGGAAACACCCCGCUGCAUGGGGCAGCCGGGAGUGGGCAUGCCGGAGCGCUCGGGUCUCUUCUGGACGCUGGCGGCGAUGUCGUCUUGGAGGAGAGAAACGCAAGGGGGGACAGGGCGCUACACACGGCGGCUGCCCCCGGACACAUCGCCUGCGUCGAACUAUUGCUGGGUACAGCUGCCGAACCAGACGUUCCGAACGCAGAUGGUCAAACCCCGUUUGCACUGGCGUCUCGAGGCGGCCAUCUUGCCGUCACGAGGCUUAUCCGGAAAUAUGCUCCUGCCGCGGGAACACCGUCCGGGGGAGAUGCACAGUUUCAGGCUCAUCGUCGAGCGAACGAAGGGGGGGGAUCUGCCACGGCUGACGCACUACCACGGCCACACUCGAGCGGUUCUGCAUCGAACCCGACGCCUGAUCACCGCAGUCGAGAUCUGGAACACCGCUGCUACUCGGCGGCGGGUUUAGGCCACCAGCAGUUCGAAGACUUGAACGACCCAACGUCCUGCAGGCAACCCGUUUACACAUCUGGGGCGGAUUCUUCUGAUCGAGACUUGCUGCGAUCGACCAGCGAGCAAGACAGAAGAGGUCUCUACGCACGCGGUGGGGAACUACACAACACCAAGGCUACUCCUCCUCAGUCUACCGUCGAAGAGGACGUCAUUUCUCCGGCGUCGUCUGCCUCCGCUCCGGUUCAAGGCAGACAUGGCAGUCUCUUCGACGGCCUUCAGGUGUACGUGGUCGGGGGCAGGCAGCCGCUUGGCUCGCAGCAUUCCUGUGCUGCACCUGGAAAUGUGUCAGCGUUGGCUCGCGUGCCUGUCAGCGCCAGGACCAUGGUACUCGACAGUCACCGCCUCUCGACGGCAUCUCAUCACCACCAACGGCGGGAGGAACAGCAGCAGCAGCAUCAAAACUACUACCCUUCAAACCAGCACACUUCGUACAACUCGUCGUUGUCGACAGCGUCCUUUGAGGGCUUGGAUCCGAACUGGAGAGACAACGUCUUGAGCGCACCUUCGACCGUGGCUCCUUCUCCUCCGACUCCAGUUUUACCUCCGGAGGACGAUCGGAGACCGAGUUGUGACUCGACGCCGCUGUUGUCCGCCGUUCCUUCAACGGCAACCACAAACAUCGGGGACGGGACCAGCGUCGUAGGUGUCCCGGGCAGCGCCCGUGCUCUGGCACGGAUGAUCCACUUCAACAGUACUAACGGUCGGGACGAGAAUGAGAUCUCCAGGAGAGUCCUGGGGCGUGGGACUUCACGAAGUGGAGCGACCGCUGGCCAAGAAGCGGUUGAAAUCGAAGAAUCGGAGAAGGAAGGUUGGGGCGGAGAGAACAGCCGCUUUUCUUGCUGA